GCAUGAAAAUAUAGUUGCUCUGGAAGACAUCUAUGAGAGUCCAAACCAUUUAUAUUUGGUCAUGCAGUUAGUGUCUGGGGGAGAGCUCUUUGACCGCAUUGUGGAGAAGGGCUUCUACACGGAGAAGGACGCCAGCACGCUGAUCCGGCAGGUCCUGGACGCUGUGUACUACCUGCACCGCAUGGGCAUCGUGCACAGGGACCUCAAGCCUGAGAACCUGCUUUACUACAGCCAGGAUGAGGAGUCAAAAAUCAUGAUCAGUGACUUUGGCUUGUCGAAGAUGGAGGGUAAAGGAGAUGUGAUGUCCACAGCCUGUGGCACUCCUGGCUAUGUUGCUCCUGAAGUGCUGGCCCAGAAGCCCUACAGCAAAGCCGUGGACUGCUGGUCCAUCGGGGUCAUCGCCUACAUCCUGCUCUGUGGAUAUCCCCCUUUCUAUGAUGAAAACGACUCCAAGCUCUUUGAGCAGAUCCUUAAGGCAGAGUAUGAGUUUGACUCUCCAUACUGGGAUGACAUCUCAGAGUCUGCUAAAGACUUCAUUCGGAAUUUGAUGGAGAAGGACCCCAAUAAAAGAUACACCUGUGAGCAAGCAGCGCGGCACCCUUGGAUUGCUGGAGACACAGCACUCAACAAAAACAUCCACGAGUCGGUCAGCGCUCAGAUCCGGAAGAACUUUGCAAAAAGCAAAUGGAGACAAGCGUUCAACGCCACGGCGGUGGUGCGGCACAUGCGGCGGCUGCACCUGGGCAGCAGCCUGGACAGCGCCAGCGCCAGCGUCUCCAGCACCCUCAGCCUGGCCACGCCGCUCCCCGACACGGCCACGCGCAAAGAUUCUUUGAUUGUUGAUUUUUACCUCCAGAGUCACAGAGGCCAUCUCUGAUGCCAACAGCAGUGCUCUUGCUGGGAAAACAAAACAAACAAACAAAAAAAUCCAGAAAAGCUCCAGCUGGCCCCUUAGCCUGCAGAAGAAGUUGUGAGGACAGGCUGCCCAUGAACUCUGCGAGCUGAAAGUCAGUAUUGCAGUGGCAAGGGCUUCUGCUGAUGAUUUUGCAUGUGACUCCAUUCCCAGUGCAUCCUAACUCUCUGCUGGAUCACCCCUUCUGCAGCACAAAAUGGAUUUUGGCCCUGCAACACGGCUGGUGGGGAAGUAGGAGCGUGGGGAAAACCUGGCAGUGUUGCUUUCCUGGGACCCUGGGACUGUGUCACUCUGUGUCACUCUGCUGCUGCUGCUCUCUCCUCUGUCCUGGUUGCUGUUGUACAGGUGCCAUUAGAGUAGUGGGUACAAAAAAAAAAAAAAAAAGGCAAAAAAAGUAGGAUUUUACCUAUAUUUUACCUAUGCCCUGUGUGUGUGUGUGUUAUGGUUGUGGUGCUGAAAUAAAACCAAGAAAUCUGGUUCAUUCCUGACACGAAUCAAACCACAAAAAAAGGAGUGUGAUCCCACUGAUAGACAUCUCCAUGAAGUUCUGCUGUAGGCAAUGAAUAGGGGUUUCUGCUGUGCAUGUGUCCUGCAUCCCUCCAUGGCUAUUGACAGUAUUUUUUUUAAUUACCAGUUAUUUUGGGUCCCUGCCUGGUUCUGAUGAAAUUCAGGUCUAGUCCUAAGGUUUUUUUCUGUCCCAGGGCCAGCAUAACCCCUGAUCUCAGGCUUUUCUCCCCUAACCCUCUGCAAACCAGAACAUGGGCCUCCAGGGUGCCCAUGAAAUGCAGUUGCAGCUGGCCCCAAGGCUGUCCCCUUCCUAUUUUUAGGGAAGCAAACCUGUAGAGAAAGCCAGAUAGCUUUCAGCCAUUGGCAAGCAGAGAGGAUAUUGCCCUUUGAUGUGAACUUGGCAUUAACAAGAUCAGCUCUAGGGAAACCUGUGCUAUUACUUCCUCCUGUGAUAACAGCUCCAGCCCUGAACAGCACUGAAUGAGCACCAGAUAAAAACACCAGAUUAACUUUGCCAGCAAGAUCAUGCAGGCUAUGGCCUGUUAAUUUUGCUCUUUCCAAAGAAUCAGGGAAUUCAUCUGCUGGCAAAAUAAGUUUCUAGGCUGAGCCCCAAGGUACAGAAGUAGCUUCCAUUCAGCAUAUGGAAAUUCUUAUUUGAUGCAAUUAUUCCUGUUCUUGCUGCCAUGAAUAUUUACCUGUCUGGAUGGGGGGGUGAAUGCAUCCCAGAAAUUAUUAAUGGGAAGGAAGUUUUGCCUUCCUUAUUGUGCUUAUUUGCUCCAGAAACUCCAACACUCAUUCAAGCAAAAAGCAGAAACACACACGGAGACUGUGGUAUCCAAGGAAAACAGCAUCAACACCAAGAGUGGAGGAUUACACAAAUCACUGUCAGCAAUGGCUGAGUGAGGGAACAGCAACCUGCUCACAAACACUGCAUGAACUCUUAUUUCACCUGGUAAACCAGCCAUCCCAUAUUUCAUGCCCAGCAGCAAGUUUUACCCAAUCCCUUUUGUUUUCCCUCCCAUCCCUGCAGCAGGGUCCUGCCUUCCCAGCCUGUGGGGUGCUCUGCUCCCUGUGACACACGUGUGUUUUUGUGGGUGCUCGUGCACAUUGUGGCCCCAGGGAUCACAGAUCCCUCCAGUGGGUCAUCAGGAGUUGGUCCAGGUUUUUUGGUCUGACUUUGUGUGGUUGGGUCAAAGCUGUGUAAAUAGUGUGUGUAGCAGAGGAUAGAGGCUCUCUAGCCUGGACUAUGGAUUUCAAAUCCCCUUUCCCCACCACAAAUAGUGCCACUUAUCUGUCCAGGUAGCUUCCCCCCCCCCCUUCAUAAAUGCUAAGGUCAGUGGAAUGGCUCUUACAGGUUUUUCCAUCCUCAGAGUGGAAUCAGGGCAUGUGUGCUCCCAAGCGUUGUGACAAACACUGCUGAACCAAUGGUGGCAUCAACUGUCCAAUAAAUGCAUGAUACUGCACUGCAUGUAUUAAACUGCUGGUCACUGGUUCUGUAUUUCCUGAGCCUUUUCUUUACCCACAUCAACCCAACCUUCUGUCUGAGGGAGUUACCUCCAUGUAUUGCUUUUAAAUGACUCAAUGUAUCUGUAACUUGAAAUCCAUUGUUAAGUUUAAGUAAAUGCAAAAGCUGAUGUUUUGUAAACAAGAUAUUCUGCAAAGCCUGGCAAUGUAUUUUGUCUUUCUGUUGAGUUCUGUGCAGCAUGUACAGGAAGAGUCACCAUCCAGAGCAGCUUAAAAUUAGGCAGCAGUCACAUACACAGGUGUAGAAGCAGGGAGCUGGGGAGGUGAGAAUCCCUUUUUUAAUACAACACUUACAAAUUUGAUCUGCAUCAAAAAUUCCUUCCCCGGGUCACUAACUCUCAGAGCUGCCAAGAAACAUGUUGGUGUGUCUCUUUGUAUUUUUUUUCUUUUUUCCUUUUGGUUUGUUUUUCCUAGCAAAAAUUCAGAUUGGUUCACUCAAUUCUUAGUGUUUUCCUCUGCCUGCAAGAUAGUUCUUUCUCACCUGUUGCAGAAUGAACUGCAUUUUGGGGACCAAAAUGCUGUGAUUCUUUGCCUGCACAAAAUAGGGCAGAGAGCUGAGCUAAACUAUCCCAUCCUUUCCAAAGCAUCACCACCUAAAUACUACCAUUUAAUCCUUGACCUCCAAAUAAUCCCAUUCAUCCAUGGAAGAGUUUGGUGUGGUACUUCCCUUCUUCCACAUGAAAACCAUGCCCUUGCCUUCUCUUCCCUUAGUCAUUGACCCAUUUUCAUCUGUGCUGGUCUUUCCAAGGCAGGAUACAGGAUUGCUCGAGCCCAAACCUCUUAGGGGCAUCACCAGGGCUGUGGUCCCAGCUCCUGAGUGGCUGCUGUGUGGAAAAUCCUUGAGUUCCCAACACUCAAAGCAGAGUCAUCUGAAAGGAUUGGGAAUUGCUCUAUGUUCCUGGCAAGGGCAUGCCAAGCAGCAGGCCUGGGCAGCAAGCACCAUCCUUGGAAAUUAUUCUCCAUGGUGGCCAAAAUCACUGAGAAGUCUUGAGCCCCCCUUCAAGGCUGGUGCUCAGCCAGGGCUGUGCCAUUGCCAAAUCACUGUGUGGCAACAAAACAAACCAUCAGUUACAGCUGUAAACCAACCUGGGUUCAGAUUGCUGAGGCAGCACCUGGUGUGAGGCUCCUUGAGGAGGUUUGAUGUGUGCUGUGGGUCCUGGUGGGUGGGAGCUCCGGGGGGGGUGCUUGGAGCAGCUCUGAGCUUUUCCAUCUCUCAUCUUGCAUCCCCUGAGCCCAGCAUGGCAUCACACAUGCUGAGUCUCAUUAGAUCAGUCAUGACCCCCGAAGUGAAGAGGGUGGAAGGUUGCAGCUCAGUUGGUGUGUCUCAUGUUUUGGUCAACACAACAUCAGUGACCUGGUGUACAUUGACCUCUAGUUGAGAAACAAUAUUUUGGCCCAUUUGGGCCUUUUUUUAGAUAGGUAUUUUAUUUGAGCCAGAAAACAGUGGGAAAAAAGAGCCUAGUCUGCCCAGAAUAGUGACUCCCCAAAUAUCCCCAACUGCAAAACAUCCCUCAGUUGACUUCUAAUGAAAAUGCAAGCAUGUUUUCUACAAAGGCUUUAAUCUUAAUCAAGGAAUGUCAGUGUGCCUAAUAUUGCAGGUCUUGUGAUUGAUAACAAGUUCAUAACAGCAUCCAUGUCCAAAAAGAAGGGAGAAUGUGUAUUUACUCCAUGCAUGUAUUAAGGCAUUGCAAAAGUUUUAUCUGUAAUGAGUUUGCAGUUCUGCAAAUUGUUCAUGGGGCUACAUCGCAAGUGGUUCUCUGCCUUGACAAUCAUGUAUACAUAUCAAGAUUUCUAUCAUAAUGACAAUUUAAAGGGAUGACUAAUUGUUUUCCUCCAAUAAAUCCAAUUAAAUCAG